GGGUGUCUGCGCGAUGGCGGCGGCGGCGGAGCCGUGGCCGGAGCUGGAGGCGGCGGCGCGGGAGCGGCGGCGGGAGCUGUCGCUGGCGGGCGCGGCGGUGGCCGAGCGGGUGGCGGCGGGCGGCGGGCGGCUGCCGGAGGCGCUGCUGGCGCUGCCGCUGCUGCAGUCGCUGGAGCUGAGCGGCUGCGCGGCGCUGCGGGAGCUCGGCCCGGGCGUGGCGGCCGCGCUGCCCGCGCUGCACACGCUGGUGCUGAGCCGCAACGGGCUGGGCCCGGCCGGGCUGGGCGCGGGGCUGGGUGGGCCCCUGCCCGCUCUCCGCCUGCUCGACCUGUCCGGGAACGGACUGGAGGCGCUGCCUGCCGCGCUCGGCGGGACGGGCGGCGGCGCGGGGGACGCAGUCCCGGCCUUCCCGCAGCUGCGCAGCCUCAACCUGAGCGCGAACCGGCUGCGGGAGCUGGGCCCGGGGCUCGCCCGCGCCGCGCCGCAGCUGCAGGAGCUGCUGCUGUCUGGGAACCGGCUGCGGGCGCUGCCCGGAGGGCUCCUGCCCCCCGAGGGGCCGCCCGCGUCCUUCCCGCUGCUCAGCCGGCUGGACGCGGCCGACAACGAGGUGGCCGAGCUGGGCGCGGACAUCGCGGCGCUGCCGGCGCUCAAGAGCCUGGACGUGGCCAACAACCAGCUGCGGGAGCUGCCCGCCGCGCUGGCCGACUGCCCCCGCCUGAAGGAGGCCAACUUCAGGGGCAACCAGCUGAGGGACAAGCGGCUGGAGAAGAUGGUCAAUGGGUGCCAGACGAAGGCUAUUCUGGAGUACCUACGGGCCGGUGGCCGUGGGAAGGGGAAGGCUGAGAGUGGCAGAGACGACGUCAGGAAGAAGAAGAGGGAGAAGCAGCAGAAGAAGGACAGUGGGGAUGGGGAGCAGGAUGAGGUGGAAGAGGCGAGCAAGCUGCUGGUGAAGGUUCUGCACGUCUCUGAGAACCCUGCGCCUUUGGUGGUCAAAGUGAGCCCGGGUGUCAAAGAUGUGCGAGCCUUCAUCGUGUGCUGUGUGCUGAAAGGAGUGAACUUAAAGCCGGGAAAUGCUCUCAAGAGGUUCCUGACCAUGCAGACCAAGCUGCACGAGGACAUCUGUGAAAAGCGCACAGUGGCCACCAUUGCCACCCACGACUUGCAGCUGGUCAAAGCUCCUCUGACAUAUGAUGUUCAGCCUCCUGAUGAACUCAAGAUCAUGCCCCUGGGUCGGAAGGAGAUCAAGGCAAAGGAUCUUCUCCGCCAGCUGCAGCUGGAGGCUGAGGAGCAGCGGAAGCAGAAGAAGCGUCAGAACGUCUCUGGGCUGCACAAGUACCUGCAGCUGCUGGAUGGCAAAGACAACUACCCAUGCCUGGUGGAUGCUGAAGGUGCUGUGAUUUCCUUCCCACCAAUAACCAACAGUGAGAAAACAAAGAUUAGAAAAGAGACCCGGGACCUGUUUCUGGAAGUCACGAGUGAUACCAGUUUACAGAUCUGCAAAGAUGUGAUGGACACACUUAUCCUGAAAAUUGCAGAGCUGAACAGAUCUGCCUUGGAGAACAAGGAAGGCUCUGGUUCAGAUAUGGAAUCAGAUGCUCUCUGUGGACCAGGGAAUUUGAACCUGCCCUUGGUGGUGGAGCAGGUGCGAGUGGUGGACAUGGAUGGGAACUUGAAAGUACUUUAUCCUUCAAAAACAGACCUGGCCACAGUGUCCUCUCUGCUGACUGUGAUCCGUUAGCAGCUGCCUGAGAAUCCUGGGAGAGGAUUCCAUUGCCUUGAUUUUGGUUGAUUUCUGUAUAUUCAACAAUGCAGCUGGAGCACAGUGAGAUGGUUUGGGUUUUUAAAGAAGAGAUGUGGAGCAUCCUGCUGAGAAAGCAAUGGCUUCAGAGUUUGGUGUGCUACAGCAAGGAGAAUUGGGAUCUUUCAUCCUAAACAGAGAUCAUCCAUGUUAGGCCUGUGCAAAAGAGCAGCAUCUUCAAACAUGGACUGAAGGCAAAGAAGCUGUUGGGUAUCAGAAUGCAGUAGAGAAAAUCAUUACAAUGUUUAAAAGAAGCACAGUCACAUUUUUCUGUAAGAUCACUUUUUCCUCCUGGUGUUUCAUCUGGAUCAUUAUUGUGGCAGCAGAGAAAUCCAGUCAGUGUGGAACUGAGGUCCUCUGCUGGGUACAACCUGGAGUCAGAAUGCCAAAGCACUUUGCUGACAUCUUGUUCUGCAGAAUUUUAUCUGGAGUAACUGUGAACGUUUAGUUGCUGUCAGAAGCAUUUAAUUGCUGUCAGAACUUGAGGGAUGCAUUUUAAAGUGACGGUUUCUGUGUUCAGGCACGAGCACAGCUUCCAUUUUUAAGGGAUUUGUUGAGUCAGCUGCUGGGUUUGUGUGUCUCAGUGCAUUUCAGGGCCAUCCUCCAUCCCUGUGGGAAUUGUGGUGACCUUGUGUGUGCCCAGAGAGUUACUGUGGUUGAGCACUGGCUUUGUUCUUGCUGAGGAGGUUCAGGUCCAUUCAGAGCUGCCUCCAACUGACACUGCUGGACUCCCUGUCCCCCCAGAGUACAGGCACUGAUGCCCAGAGUGACCCUCCUGGAGCUUUCUGUCCCACCCAUGUAUUUUUGCCUUCCAAAAUACAGGUGGUUGAAGCAGUUCUUGUUUGGCAGUCUCUGGGUGACCUAUAUGUGUGGGUGAGCACUGGUGUAAACUCACACCUCUCCCUAAGCCAGGGUGACCCCCAGACUGACUCUCUUCUGGUAAAAGUGAUAUCUCAGAGCUCUAACUGAACUGCUGCUAUGUCAGAGACAUCCCCAUGUUGGGUCUAGCACAUGCAAUGGAAAAAUAAAACAGCUUUUGCAGCCCUG